AUGAAUCCUGACUCGACGCUUGAUAGGGAUUUCGGCCUAAGCUGCAGACAUAAUCUUACUCUACAGAAUUCCUUUUGCUGGUCCAUCAAAUUUUAUGCAGCACUGAGUAUUGCACCCAAUUGUGAAAUUAAAUGUAAAUGUGGUAUAUCUAUCUAUUUUUGCAGCAAGCCUCCUUAUGCCAACGAGAAACCACAACCACAACUUACGAGCGAAGUUUUAUACGAUCUUGACGAAGAUGGAGCUAGUGAUUGUUGGCACCAUUUUGUAACUCUCCUUUCAAGUUUCAAAUUCAAGCAUGCUUCAGAGUUUGUAACCAUUUUCCACAUUCAUAUUGCUUCACAAGAGUCUCUACCAGCCCGUAGUAGUAGUGGAAUGUACUCCAACUAUUUACUUGCAGCAUCUAAUAUUGUCGACUGCUUCUCAUGGUACUUCUGGCAUCACGAUAAACAACUCGGACAGUUAUAUCUCGCUGGACUGUGGAUGUCUAGUCUUGCGAGUGACCUUUGCUGGUGGGUCAAGGUGAUUGAAGACUAUUGUGUUCCUUCAAGAGCGAAACCGUACAGGGCUCCUACUUGGUCCUGGGCUUCUGUCGAUUUUGAAGGAGAACCGCCUUGUAGCCCGGUUGUUUAUCAUUCAAACUUUGGAGAGAAGUUUGAACAACCUGCAAAAUUCUGUAUUCGUCAUGCUUCAACUCAGAUCACGCCGUUAGUCCUGAGACUAUCCCUAUAUGGUUCAGUUUGUGAUGAGUUGAUACGAACUAAAUGCAUCCUCAUUGCAGCCCAGAUCUUUAAGCACCCAUACUUGGAGGUUGAUGCAAGACAUACUACUCAGUUCUUAGAAGCAGAUGCAUUGGACGAAGACUUCGAUCCUUAUUUCUGGCCAAAUGUCUAUCUCGACGUUCAGGGUUCCUUCGAACCGUUAACGAGUAAGCCCUCCCCGGCUGUUGAUAUUCUUGACCUGCCCAUCGCCGGAGAUCUUGAAGACAAUGUGCCUCGUAUGAGCAUAGACGUUGUUGAAGACAAGAGCCAAGUAGGUUAUUUGUGUUCAGAAACAAAAGUAUGGAUCUGUUUGGUGGGGAUUGUUGGUGGCGGCGGAAUAUGCGCACUUGUAUUGAAAGAGCGUGAAAAGGUAAAUUUUCGACGGUUUGAAAGAGUAGGAUAUUUGCACAACAGGGUUGGAGCCGUUGUCUUUGAGAAUUACGGCUGGCAUAACAAUUUUAUGCGAAGGGCUGAGAGGGCGGGGCAGAUAGUCAUUGAGAUAGUGUAA